UUAAAAUUAUAUAUACAUAUUUUUAUUCUGUGAAUUGCAUUCUCCCUUGCCUAUUCUGUUACCAUUCGUUGAGAAAAAUGACUUCCGCUUCUGAUCCCAUUUAUAAUUUUGAUUUUUAACAGGAUGUACUAUGAUCUAUUUAACUUAAAUAAAGUUAUAAAGGAAGAAAUUAUUGUAAAUUAUUUUCCUCGAAUUAACUUUGUUACCGAGAAUCUAAACGGACAUGUCAGAAAUGAAAAUAAUGAGGUUCCCAAACGCUGUGUAUUCUGUGUGUUUUACUCAAACUUUUACUUUUGUACUUUGUCAGACUACCAGCAAUGACGGCAAGUGUGGACCCAGUUCUUGCUGUUCAGGCUACCGAAUGAAAGAUGGCUUAUGCAGAGUUUGUGAGGAUGGUACAGAUGGAAUAAACUGCAGCAAACCUUGCCGAGAAGGUUACUUUGGACGGCUUUGUAAUUCAAAAUGUCCCUUGCCAUGCAACCUUACAUGUAAUAAAGUGACAGGGCAAUGCAACAACCAUACGUCUAUUUAUACCAACGGUUUGCAGAACUUCCUUAAAAAGAAUUCCUGGGUUUUAGCUAUUGGUUCUUCCGUGCUUAUGAUUUUGUCCUUUGGAUGUAUUGCAUUUCUGUUUUGCUUUCAUGUGUGUCGAAAAAGAAAAGACAUUCCAUUGAUUUCAGAACGUAACCAAAGAAAUGUCAUAGCGGGUUCUGUAAAACAAGGAAAAUACACUCCACGUCGAUCAAAGAAAAUUCUAAAAAGAAACGAAGUUUCACUAACCUUCAGAGAUGAAGAUUCGGGAAGAAACAGGAACCCCAAACAAAUGAUAGAAAUCAAUGCUGAAAUAACAGAAUUCUCAACAGACAGUAUUCCCGAUAAGCUAAAUGAAGCAGGUUGGGAGAGAAGGCAUCCUAGUGUUAAGAAGCCCCAAUAUCGGUACAGUUUAGCUAAAAAAUUCGAAAUUACAAAAGAAAUAGAUAUAAGCCAGGGGUUUUCGGAAAAUGAGGACAAUUUUGAUAGUGACCAUGAUGUUGAAUAUGAUAACACGAGAUUCCAGAAGACAGAGGGAAGCAUUGAAAUGGUUAACGAGUUCCUGGGAAAAAGUCAACACGUUUUAUAGUGUUCAAAGCCUAAGUACAUAAAAGAGGAUUUCUGUAAAAUGCGUUGAUUAUCGACUUUUGACCUUUAAGCUUAGAUACAUUAACUUUUAUUUUAAAGUGUCAUAUACUUUUCUACAUUUUUCUCUUUUUAAAUUAAAUAUAUAAUUAAAUGAUCAUGAAGUGUUACAAACCUUUUAUAAAGGAAGAAAGAAACCCCCCCUCAAUUUUCCUGUUUCCUUUUGCAAUGCUCUUUUACUUCCAGCUGUUUUUUGAUGUUGUAGAGUGCUUUGAUGCAAAGAAACAAAAAGUAAUGUAAAAGUUAUAGUAGGCUUUAACGUUAAUUAAUGGUUAUGAAAAAUUAUAAAUGUCAUUAGUUUAGAAAAUGAUGAAUAAAG